AUGCUUCAAACGCAGACCCAGCACGUUUUUUCUCAUCAGCAUCAGUACCCGCAGGCUGAUCCCUCGUGGCUGCAACAUCAGCAGCAGCACCACCAAGCCCAUCCGCACCAGGCUCAGCAACAGCAGCAUUCUUUGGCCGCCCAACAGCAUGCCCAAGUUCAGGCGGCCGCUGCCGCUGCCGCCGCCGCUCAACAACAACACUACACCCGGAUCGCUAUGGCAGGAAAUGCCGGUGCUGGUAACCCUUCCCAGGGAGCCGGUGCUGGAGGGUUAGGUGGGGAUGGUGCUUUGUCGGGUGCGGUGUCGGUAAUGGAUGGCGGGAUCAGCGACGAGAACCGCAAGGUCUUCAUCUGGGUCGCAGAACUCCUGGAUCCGAAUCGCAGAGAGGCGGCUCUCAUGGAGCUCAGCAAGAAGAGAGAGCAGGUUCCGGAGCUCGCGCUGGUGAUUUGGCAUUCUUUCGGAGUCAUGACUGCACUACUUCAAGAGAUCAUCUCUGUAUACCCGCUGUUGAAUCCUUCUCAGCUCACUGCCGCGGCCUCGAAUCGAGUUUGCAAUGCGCUGGCUCUGCUUCAGUGUGUCGCUUCCCACAACGAAACCCGUACUCUAUUUCUGAACGCGCACAUUCCUCUUUUUCUAUACCCCUUCCUCAACACGACGUCCAAGUCGCGCCCUUUCGAAUACCUUCGUCUCACCUCGCUCGGAGUGAUCGGAGCCCUGGUCAAGAAUGACUCCUCUGAUGUUAUCAACUUCCUUCUCACCACCGAAAUCAUCCCCCUCUGCCUUCGCAUCAUGGAGACGGGCUCCGAGCUGAGCAAGACGGUCGCGAUUUUCAUUGUGCAAAAAAUUCUCCUCGACGAUAUCGGCCUGGCGUACAUCUGCGCGACCUACGAAAGAUUCUAUGCCGUGGGUACCGUCUUAAGUAAUAUGGUUACUCAACUAGUGGAGCAACAGACUGUUCGACUUCUCAAACAUGUCGUACGUUGUUUCCUUCGGUUGAGCGACAACAGCAGAGCGCGGGAAGCUCUGCGACAGUGUCUUCCCGAACCGCUGCGAGAUGCGACCUUCUCCUCCGUCCUCCGUGAUGACGCUGCCACCAAGCGUUGCCUGGCGCAGCUCCUCAUCAACCUCUCGGAUAAUGUCUCCGACGGCGCACCGGGUGUUGCCAUGUAA